AUGCGGCUGCGGGCCACGCCGUCGUCGUCCUCCUCCUCCGCCGGGUCGGCCAAGUCGCCGGCUCUGUGCAAUGCGGUCGCGGCGGGCGGGAGGGGCGGCGGUGCUCGCAGCGUGAGCGGGAGGGGGAGCCACUCGGGCGAGCUGGCGGCGGAGAGCGGCAGCGGCAGCGCCAGCAGCAACCCGCCGCGGCCGCCCGGGCACCGACGCUCCGGAUCUGGGCCGCUGAUUUUCUCCGGCGGGAGCGGCAGCUCGGGGGGCGGUGGAGGAGGGGGCGGCGGGAGCACCGCGAGCUCGCCGCUCACCAAUGCGCUCCCCACCGGCAACAUCUGCUCGUCCGGCCGCGUCGCGCCGGCGCCGGCCGCGCCCCGGCCGCGCGCGCGCCCGGACGUGCUCGGAUCCGGCACCGGCCACUACGGCCACGGCAGCAUCAUGCGGGGCGGCAUGGCUCCCGCGAGGAGCGGCCGCAUUGACGCGGCGACGCUCGCCGGCAGAUCUUCGAGGUCCCCAGCGAGCUUCCCGGCGCCGCCGGACAGCCUGCAGGAGGUUACCCGGGCCGGGAACGAGCUGUACAAGCAGGGCCGGUACGGCGAGGCGCUGCGGCACUACGACCGCGCCCUGGCGCUCUGCCCGGACAGCGCUGCGUGCCGCGGCAACCGCGCCUCCGCGCUCACCGGGCUCGGCCGCCUCGCCGAGGCCCUCCGCGACUGCGAGGAGGCCGUCCGGCUCGACCCGGCCAGCGGCCGCGCCCACGGCCGCCUCGCCGCGCUCUGCCUCCGGUUUGGGAUGGUUGAGAAGGCAAGGAGGCAGCUUACGCUGGCCGGGAACGCGAACCAGUCUGACCCUGCUGAGUGGCAGAAACUUCAUGAGGUGGAGAGCCAUCUGGGGAAAUGCAUGGACGCGAGGAGGAUCGGAGACUGGAAGAGCGCGCUGAGGGAAGCAGACGCCGCCAUUGCCAACGGAGCAGACUCCUCUCAGCUGCUCCUUGCCAUGAGGUCCGAAGCGCUUCUCCGGCUUAACAAACUAGAGGAGGCCGAUUCGACUAUUACAAGUUUGCUGAAAUUGGACAGUGCAUCCCUAUCUUCAAUGUCCGCCAAACUGUCAGGCAUAGUAGCUGAUUCAUAUGUACAUGUUGUGCAAUCCCAGGUCAACAUGGCAUUUGGGAGGUUUGAUGCAGCUAUUGCCAUAGCUGAGAAGGCCAGAGCUAUUGAUCCUGCAAAUGCAGAGGUUGGAUUGAUCCUGAAUAACAUGAGGCUAGUUGCGCGGGCUCGAGCUCAGGGUAAUGAUCUUUUUAAGGCGGGCAAGUUUGCCGAGGCAUCUAUCGCCUAUGGUGAAGGGCUCAAGCAUGAGUCCUCAAAUCCAGUGUUGUACUGCAAUAGAGCAGCUUGCUGGUCCAAGUUAGGUCGGUGGGCGAAAGCCGUUGAGGAUUGCAAUGAGGCGCUGAGGAUCCAACCUAGCUACACAAAAGCUCUCUUAAGGCGGGCAGCGUCUUACGCAAAGCUUGAGCAUUGGGUUGAUUGUGUGCGAGACUAUGAGGUGCUUCGCAAGGAGCUUCCUGGCGACACGGAGGUUGCAGAGUCAUUGUUCCAUGCCCAAGUCGCGCUGAAGACAACCCGUGGUGAGGAGGUAUCAAAUAUGAAGUUUGGUGGAGAGGUUGAGAUAGUUACCAGCAUAGAGCAAGUCCGGGCUGCUAUACAUUCGCCCGGGGUGACUGUUCUUUACUUCAUGGCAACAAUGAAUCAGCAGUGCGCACAGAUUACCCCAUCAGUGGAUGCCCUUUGUUCCGAGUGCCCUUCGGUGAAUUUUCUGAAGGUAAAUGUUGAUGAGAGCCCAAUGAUUGCAAAGGCAGAGAAUGUGCGCGUAGUCCCGACAUUCAAGAUAUACAAGGACGGCGCACGGGUGAAGGAGAUGAUCUGCCCAAGCUUACACGUUUUACGCUAUUCAGUGAGGCACUAUGCUGUCUCCAAUUCUUGA